CUUUCAGACAGACUGUUUUUGCUGCAGUGAGCGGUAGCCGUGGAGAGAGGACUGUAGACACACACACUGUCACAGAAGAAGAGGAAACAACAACAACAGAGGCAGAAGAACAGCCGCGGGGAUUCAGGUCGAUUCAGGUCGAGCACCGAGGACGGGUUUAUAAUUCUGAAGAAUCUCAUCAAAGUGGACGGAAGCGGAUCUGGAGAGGAGGAGGUUCCGGACCAUCAGAGGACGGAGAGGAGCUGAAACUGAGGAGCAAGACGUCCACAGACUCCGGAGGAGGACCACCACGGUGACACUGCGGAGCUCCUCUGUCCUCCCGAGGAUUCAGCGAGUCAGGCGGAUCUGUGCACCCGACCAUGGCUUUCCCAUCAGCCCCCGCUGCAUUAUGGAGUGUCAGCUUAUUGACUGUACUGCUGGCCGCUGCGGUUCACUGCAACAUUGUCUACGACGACGACCCCUUGCAGCCGGUGACCUCCGACGAGACCGUGUCCGUAGGUGGCACCGUGACGCUGACCUGUCGAGUGGCUGAAAGUGACAACUCCUCGCUGCAGUGGUCCAACACGGCCCAGCUUCAAAUUGAAACUGUGCAAACGUCUCACCGUCUUCUGUCCCUCUCCUCCGUCUUCUGUCCUCCAGCGCUCAGAGACCACCGUAUCCAGCUGCACCGCUCCACGUCCACCGAGCUCUCCAUCACCAUCGACGACGUGCAGCUGUCCGACGAGGGCGAGUACACCUGCUCCAUCUUCACCAUGCCCGUCCGCACCGCCAGGGCCACGGUCACCGUGCUGGGUGUCCCCGCUAAACCUCACAUCUCAGGCUUUGAGUCUGCAGUGCCAGAGGGCGACAAAGUCACCCUCACCUGCACCAGCACCGGCAGCAAACCCCCCGCCAGGCUGAUCUGGUACCGCGGAGACCAGGAGCUGGAGGGUAAACCAAACGUGGUGGAGCCGGUUCAGGACGACCCCACCUACAACGUCAGCAGCGAGCUGACUCUGGAGGUGAACCGCCACGACGACGGCGCCCUGGUCACCUGCGCCGUCGACCAUCCCUCCCUGGCACCGGGCGACAAGAGGAGCGAGCAGGCUCUGAGGGUGCUGUACGCCCCCAACGUGGAGAUCCAGCCUGGUGGUGAUUUGCCCAGAGAGGGGGAGAACUUUUACCUGCGAUGUGUUGGAAACAGCAACCCAGAGCCCAUGUCCUACCUGUGGAGGAAAAAGGAUGAUUUGCUGCCCCCUAUGGCCAAAGCUGACGGCGCCUUCCUGCGCUUCGAGAGGCUGAACAAAUCGGACAACGGCGUCUACCUCUGCCACGCGGACAACGGCAUCGGCAGCAGCGAGGGAGAGUACGCACUCCUGGUCCAAGCUAUAACUACUGCCUCCACCUCCUCUUCUUCCUCCACCUCCUCUUCCUCCGCCAGCACCCCACCCUCUGCUACCACCACCUCCUCCUCCGCUCCCUCCUCCUCCUCCCCUCCCUCCCCCACCCCCCCAGUUUCAGUCCAGCUGAAUGGAGUGUACGGCCCCACAGGUAAAAACACCUCAGUCUCACACAUCUGCAAACACACAGGUUUAUAUGCUGCAGACUCCACCUCAGACCCGACGGCCAUGUUGGCGUCUUCGGGGGUGGACCACGCUGUGAUUGGAGGUGUGGUGGCCGUGAUCGUCUUCAUCCUGCUCUGCCUCCUCAUCGUCCUUGGCAGAUACCUCAUCAGACACAAAGGUCAAUGUCCACCUAACACACACACACACACACACACACACGAUGUCCAGGACCUUUGGUCCAGAUCUUUGGUCCAGAUCCAGACCUUUGGUCCAGAUCCAGAUCUUUGGUCCAGAUCUUUGGUCCAGAUCCAGAUCUUUGGUCCAGACCUUUGGUCCAGGACCUUUGGUCCAGAUCUUUGGUCCAGAUCUUUAGUCCAGGACCUUUUUGGUCCAGGACCUUUGGUCUAG